AUGAGUGACCCAGCAUUCUCCGCGUUUUCGGUAGCGGGAUUCAUGCAAUUGACGACCCGGAAGGCUAAUUCGCCCGUGGGGAAAUUUCCCGACCAGCAAGAGUAUUGGCCCACUAAAUUGAGAGUAUCUGUCGCUCCACACAAGGCUAAUCAGAACACGGGACACGGAAAAUACCCAAAGAAGGCCUUCAAAUACAUCACACCAUCAAUCAUUAGCUCUUUCGUGUGUUCUCAGCGAAAUCAAUUCAACAUGGGCAAGUACAUUAUCAAAAAUGCGUACGUAAUUUCCAUUGAUCGAAACAUCGGCAACGUGAGCGACUGCGAUGUCAUUAUAGAGGAUGACACUAUCAAAGCCGUUGGCCAAAACUUGCAGUAUUCGGAUCACACUGUCAUCGACGGAACUGAUGCCAUCGUUUCACCUGGAUUUGUGGACACUCAUCGCCACACCUGGCAAGCUCAGACAAGGACAGUUGCUACGGACUAUGUGUUGGUCGACUACUUCGUGAAUCUUCGAAAUGUCUAUGGAUCGUCGUAUGGUCCGAAUGAUGCCUAUCUAGGCAAUCUCUGCGGAGCACUCGAGUCGAUCGAUAGCGGGACGACAUACAUCGUGGAUCACUCUCACAUCCAAAACUCGCCUGAGCACUCAGACGCUGCGGUUCAAGGCCUCAAGGACUCAAAAAUCAGAGCGGUAUUCUGUUAUGCUCUGUACAAAAACCCUUGGUGGCCAGGAUCUACCUUGGAUAAAAAGCGAGAAGAAGAGACUCCAAAUUGGAGAAUUGAGGACGCUAGACGCGUACGACAAAACUGUUUCCAAUCCAAUAAGGCUGAGGAUCUGUUGCGGUUCGGUUUUGUCCCGGGAGAGCCUGAUCUGACUCCCUUUGACGAACUUUGUGAUAACCUCCAGAAAGGCAGGGAAAUGGGUGCUGCGCUGACUACGCUCCACACCGCCUUUGGAAAACACGACUCGGGAAGUCGCUACACUCUCCAGCUCAAAGAUCGCGGACUUCUUGGCCCUGAUAUACUCCUAAGCCAUUGCAACUCACUCACAGAUGAGGAGAUUGAGGCUGUUCGCGAGUAUAAGGUGGGUGUAUCCGCCACACCAGAUACGGAGUUACAGAUGGGUAUGGAUCAUCCCAUCGGAUUCAAACUUACCGAUCGUGGGUGCCGGUGUGGUCUUGGUGUCGACGUCUGCUGUAGCACCUCAGCCGAUAUGUUUCACCAGAUGCGACUUCAACUUCAGACACAAAGGCACCUGGAACAUCACUCCGUGUCAGGAAUUCCUCAUAAAAUCUCGCGGAAUUGUUAUGACGUCCUUGAAAUGGCCACGAUGGGCGGAGCAAGGGCAGUGGGGUUGGACCACCUGAUCGGCAGUAUCACUCCCGGGAAGAAAGCGGACCUCAUUCUUACACGUUGCGACUCGCCUGGACUAGUUCCUGUUCAUGACCAUGUCGGAGCCUUGGUUCAGUAUGCUAGACCGUCUGAUAUCGACACCGUGUUCGUGAACGGGGAGUUGCUCAAACAUGAAUACAAGCUUGUUCAUGUGGACUGGCCGAAGAUCCGAAAGGAAUUGAGGGACUCUACUAAAGGUAUCAUGAAGAGAGCGGCGAAGGCGCCAGCAGAUGAGCUGGUCGCCGCAGGCAACACAUUUAAGCAGUAUUUUAUUUCGAAGUAG